AUGAUCGUGUCCAACGUGAGCCUGAGCGGCUGCGCGGGGGUCAACAGCGCUCUGUGUGCCGGAGCCGGGGAAGGGCACCCGGGGGGCGGCUCGUACCGGACCACCCUCACCCCGACGGGGAACGUGGUGGUGGCCGUGUGCCUCGGCUUCAUCGGCACGUUCGGACUUUUGAACAACCUGCUGGUGCUCGUGCUCUUCUGCCGUUACAAAAUGCUGCGGUCUCCCAUCAACCUGCUGCUGAUUAACAUUUCCAUCAGCGACCUGCUGGUGUGCGUACUGGGGACUCCGUUCAGCUUCGCGGCCAGCACGCAGGGACGGUGGCUCAUAGGAGAUGGGGGCUGCGUGUGGUACGGAUUCGCAAACUCGCUCUUUGGCAUCGUCUCCCUGAUCUCCCUGGCUGUCCUCUCCUAUGAGCGCUACAGCACCAUGAUGACCCCCACGGAGGCAGACUCCUCCAACUACUGUAAGAUCUCCUUGGGCAUCACCCUGUCAUGGGUCUACUCCCUCAUCUGGACCUUGCCGCCACUCUUUGGCUGGAGCAGCUACGGCCCCGAGGGUCCCGGGACCACCUGCUCUGUUGACUGGUCAGCCAAGUCGGCCAACAACAUCUCUUACAUAAUCUGCCUGUUUGUGUUCUGCCUCAUCGUGCCCUUCCUGGUCAUCGUGUUCUGCUAUGGGAAACUCCUGUGUGCCAUCAGACAGGUGAGCGGGAUUAAUGCUUCGAUGAGCAGGAAACGUGAGCAGCGAGUCUUGUUCAUGGUGGUGAUCAUGGUGAUCUGCUACUUGCUGUGCUGGCUGCCGUAUGGCAUCAUGGCGCUGCUCGCCACCUUCGGGCCGCCAGGCUUAGUCACGCCUGAGGCCAGCAUCAUCCCCUCAGUCCUGGCUAAGACGAGCACGGUCAUCAACCCAGUCAUCUAUGUCUUCAUGAAUAAACAGUUUUUCAGAUGUUUCCAGGCCCUGCUGAACUGUGAGACUCCUCGACGAGGCUCCAGCGUUAGAAACUCCUCCAAGGUCGCCACCAAGGCCAUGAGGGGUGUUGCAGUCACUAGUCCCCCCCGGCGCACCAACGACCUCCUAUUUAUGGUAGCCUCUCUGGGUCAACCUGCCACUACCAUACCCCAACUGGGAUCCUAUGAACCCACCAUUGAUGUGACCAGACCGCCCUCUUCAGACAUACACAAACCUGUCGUAGUAUCGCUAGUGACCCACUUUGAUGGCUGAUGAUUGGCUAUAACGAUGAACUCUCAAAGUCCCCUGCCAGGAAAUCAUUAAUAAUGAGAGAGGCAGUGUUACCAAUGCCUGGAGAGCAGUGGCCUGCCAGUCCAAGUGGAUUUAACGCAGCUGUUCCAUCAGCUCAGCCCUGACUAGAUGAUGGGCUGGUAACAAAGGCAAACUCUUGGACUGUCUCUAGACAGUGUGAGCAGAAAGUAGAGGCAUUCAACCUGCAGAAGCUAGCAGUCUGUGUUUUCCUGCAGAAACAAGUGUAAAUCUGUCAUGCUUGAAAUGAACAUUUGAGGGAAGUUCUUAACAGAGUUUUGGACAAAGCACUGUCAGACUGUUAUGGUAACAGAGGAGGAAUGAUAUGGAUCAUUUAUUUUGUGCAAUGUCUUAUUUUGGGUAUUCACUCAUUAACUCAUAAUUGAAGUGAAGUGUUCAGAGAGCCUGAAGAGGGAUUAUAUGUAUAUUUGUGCUGAAUAGUUACAAACUGGCAUUACAAAGUUAGGUUAUAGAACAACUGUUGUUUAUUAGCUAAUAUAUUUUGAUGUUUUUCUUUGAGAUAAAAUAGACAAGGACAAAAGAGAAUGUACUGGAAAUUAUUUCUAGAAUACCAGUCAUUUGAGCUAUUAGUGUUUUUUUGAUCUAUUUAUCACUCGUCACUUUGAAAUGCAUCAAUGGUUUGACAAUAGGAGUUUUUGCAAAGUUUUGAAGGACAUGUAGCAUUGCUAGUAUCCUAGCAACAUUUAAGUCUUUUCAGGAAUAGUGAAUUUAAGCUUGAAGGAAUAGGUGCAUGUUCAAGAUUACUGCAGAGUUCAUUCGAUAAUGACUGUGCAUGUGCGAUGUUGCAGUAAAAUGGUAAUUAGCUCUGGGAAAAAACACAAUUUGUUAAUAUUCAAUGAAUAUAAGAUACUUGUUAUCUACAAAAAUGUUGUACAUUUGUGCCUCUUGACUGUAUUUUUGUGAGUUUUAAUUGGGCAUUGCCAAAUCUACCUCCAGCUGUUAAGUCAGACCGUACUCCCAUGGCGGCCAUAUUCCUAUGACAUCAUGCUUAGGGUGGGAAGCUCAAAUAUUAUAAUAUUAUUUCACUGCUAUAUUCCAGGUUGUGAGUCAUUUAAAUGUUAAGAAUUUGAAAAACUGAACACAGAGACACAUUUGGCUGCAUUUCAAGUUAAAACAUAUUAGAGUUACCAUCAGAGCACAGCAUAUGAUAGCAUUCAGCAGCUUCCUAGCUAACAUUUACGUCCAACAGAGCAGGUGUGCACUAAUUCCGAUAUUGUUCAUCUUGAAUCAAUUGUACAAGCCUGAAGUUUAACACAUUUAUACCCAGCAUGUGAUGUUAACUGUGUAGCUUUCUCUCCAAGCUUUACUGUUGACUUUACUUGUAUGUAUCAUCAAUAUAGGCUUUAGUAAAAAACAUAAUGCAAAUGUGUUAUUACAUAAGCAGACUACUUUAUUAAUGAUCAAACUGGUGUUACUAUUUUUAGUUAGUUUGCCAAAAAAAAAAACACAAUUUCAAAUUAGUAUGGGCAAACACCAGCACUGUAUUAAAUGGUGCUUCCUAUUGAGAUAUGCUCUUAAGUAGCUCUGCAUAUAGCACAACCACAAUUGCAGGCGCUUGUCACCACAGAAAGCAUUAUUUGACAGAGGGCAAUAUGUCGCGUUCACACCAAAUGUGAACAAGCGCUUAAUUCAGGCAAAUUCUAAUGCCAGAAUAUUUCCUGUUUACUCGCUUAAUUAAAAAAAACUGAUCAAAGUCGCGUUCACAUGAGUGCCCAAAACUCACAUUUUUGGAUUCCCUUCAAACGCCACUUCAGUCUGUUGUCAUCAAACAAGGUUGGGCUCGACUACAUUGAAUGGUGAAGCCAGUUAUGCUAAAGGGGGCAAUGCUAACUUCCACGAACAACUUAUAAAGGUUUUCACAAUUUACCAGAUAAUCCGACCUCCUCACUCUCUUUCCUCCAAGUGAGGUCCUGUUUAUUCCUGCUCCCAUAAAAAGUAUGAAUUGAACCUCCGCUAAUCAAUAAAUCACACCAUAUGUCACGAAAGGAUCUGCAUGCUGAUUGGCUGUCACAGCGCAAAUGAUUUGCUUGAGUUCAGAUUUUUAAACUCUCGCAAAUAAGGGGCUAAAGCUAAUUUGCUUCAUUUGCUCAUAUAAUUCACUACGUACAUGCCACCCAAUUACCCAACACCCAACAAAAACUUGUCAACUCACAUCUUUACAUUUACUUUACUUGUAGUGCUAACAUCAGACAUUUCAUAGAUAGAUAGAUAGA